CUUUGCAGUGACGUACUGUGCAAAACAAAGCACUGCACACUUCCUGAAAACAUCAUUCAAUGUGAACGCAGAAUUCCAGAGCCUAGGGCAGAACAAAGACAGCAAUCAAAGCUAGUAGGAGAAGACUGCUCUUUCAGUAUAUCCUGAAAAACAGACUUUUGCAACUGAAAAAAUGCCUCCACCUCGUGUAAUCAAGAAAGCCAAGAAUGAAUCCGCCGCAAAUGAAAACACGGGCACUCUCGACGACCCUGUGAAAUUCUUGGAUCAGGACUACCAGCAGUUAAAGAAAAGCUGCUUCGCCAAUAAAACAAGAUUUGUUGAUGAACAGUUCCCUCCAGACGGCAGCUCCAUUGACCCACAGAAGAAACUUAAAUUAGAUCUGAACCAAAUCGAGUGGUUGAGACCAUCAAAAAUAGUGUCAGACCCUCAGCUCAUUGUACAGGGGGUGUCCAGGUUUGACUACUCCCAAGGAUCUUAUUUAGGAAACUGCUGGUUUCUAGCUUCGGUUGGGGCUUUAACAUUUCAGAAGGACAUCGUGGACCAGGUCAUGCCAGCUGACCAGUCAUUUGGUAAAGAUUAUGCAGGGAUAUUCCACUUCAGA